AACGAUACAGGUGCGAUGACUAACUAGCGGAAGUGAAGUAAUGUAAUGGCGACCUAAGUUGUUGUUAUUCAAGACCAAGAUGAAAACAGUACUUUGGUCUCUGUUUUUGCUAGCGUCACCGAUUUUACAGGUGUCUGGGGAUGUGUCAGACACAGUUUUGCGAUGGUGUGUGACGAACCGUGCGGAGGAAACAAAAUGUCAGGCUUUUGAGGUUGCAGUGGCUAUGCUGAAGGUGGAUGGGACCUACACAGGGAAUGUUGUACCGUCCUGUGUAAAAGGAGUUGAUAGUUAUGAGUGUAUGAGACUGAUCCAAAGUGGUGAUGCUGAUGUCAUGGCUCUGGACACCGGUCAAGGAUACUUCGCUGGUCACCAGCACAACAUGAUGCCCUUCCUGGCGGAGACCUACAGAUCCCAGUCUUUGCACUACUACUCGGUGGCUGUGAUCCGAUCCAACGAUCUGUCUCUCACCAUCAACAACCUGAGGGGGAAAAAAGUCUGCUUCCCAGGUAUUGGUAUGGGAGCAGGCUGGGUGUACCCUAUGGGCCUGAUGUUGGAGGCCAAUAUGAUCCCUAUCCAGGAGUGUAACGCUGUGGUCAAGUCGGUCACCAAUUUCUUUGGUGACAUGUGUUUGCCCGGAGCCCUAUCAUCCUUCUAUAACCCAUUUGGUAACAACCCUACCUCCAUCUGUAAGCUAUGUACUGGGGUGCUUGAGGAGAGGUGCUCCACCUCGGACCCCUAUGCUGGGUAUGAUGGCGCCUUCAACUGUUUGAAGUCAGGACAAGGUGAUGUGGCAUUCCUCCGACAUGACACAGUGGAGAUGAUGCUUGCCAAUAGCACAGAGCAGUUACAGGACUACUCUCUGCUGUGUCAGGACGGUAGUCGUAGGAGUCUUGGUCAGUAUGACCAGUGUAACUUCGGUAAAAUCAUCUCAAACAUGGUGAUGACCUCCAGCCUCAAACAAGACGCAGAAGUGACCGCCUACAAAACCUUCCUGCUGCAGGCAGCUAGCUGGUUCGGUCCUAACGGACAAUACAGUAGCCGCUUCAGAAUGUUCAGUUCACUGGAUUGGGAUUACUUUGGUCGAAGGGAUCUCAUGUUUUCUGAUGUGACGGAGGGAUUGAUAGAUGUAGGCGUAAACAAUACAUACUACAAAUGGGUUGAUCCCGAGUUUUACAGAAAAGUGAGCAGUCUGAACUACUGUCCCUUGAACUGGGCACGUUGGUGUGUCAUCUCCAAAGACGAAAAAUCAAAAUGCCAGACCAUGUUGAUGGCGUUUGAAGCCAAAGACCUUCGCCCUCGACUUGACUGCAUUCUUGGCUCCAGUACAGAUAACUGUAUGUCCAUGAUUGCCAAUGGCGAUGCUGAUCUCAUGAACCUUGACCCCGGUGAUGUGUACACCGCUGGCAGGAAAUAUGGUUUAAAACCUAUAGCAUCAGAGGAUUAUGGGAACAUGAAUUCAUCAUUCUAUGUGGUUGCCGUGGCGAGGAAGAGGGACCACUACAUGACGCUCUUCAAUCUGAAAAAGAAGCGAGCCUGUCUACCCGGGAUAGGACGAGGUGACGGGUGGAUUGUACCGGUCAACAUCUUCAUUGAGACGGAACAGUUCCUGCCACAGCAUUGUACAAUAUUUGAAAAUCUUGGUCAACUGUUUGUGCGGAGUUGUAUCCCGGGCGCGGUGGACAAGUUAUACAACCCCACACAGAAACCUAUCAGUCUGGUAGAGGGAUGCGCCUCGGGAGGGGCAAAGAAGGGGCGACGUAACAGUGACGACUAUUACUACGGAGCCACAGGGGCCUUCAGGUGUCUCGUAGAGAAGGGUGGAGAUAUCGCCUUUGUCCGUCACUUGACAGUCCGAGAUAAUACUGACAGCAGAAAUCGAGCUAUCUGGGCGAGAAAUCGUCGUGCUGAUGACUACGAGCUCAUGUGUAAAGAUGGAAGUCGUACUCAGAUCGACAACUGGAGAAACUGUCAUCUUGGCAAAGUACCGGCCAACGCAGUGGUGACAGCUCAAUAUAAAUCAGAGGAGGAAAAACAUAUAUACUGGCAGCUUAUGAAUUACGGACAACAGUUUUUCUCAUCUGAUAUACUUGGUGACUUCAAUAUGUUUGAUUCUGGGAAAUGGUCGUCAAAGUCGUGGUCUAGUGAUCUCAUUUUCACGGAUGACGCAGUGAGGCUGAUGAAGGUUGAGCCGGCGAGACAGAACUAUAAGACAUACCUGGGCCGGUCUUUCAUCAACCAGAUAGAAAACCUACACAAAUACACCUGUGUUCCAAUCAAAGAGGUCAGCUCGGCCACCACAUGGUCAGCCUCAGUAGUUAUAAUAACACUGACCACCAUACUUCAACUUCUCAUCUGAAGUUCAUUUCUCUGUUAACAUUUUAUAAAAGUUAAGUAUGAAUUUCUGGCAAUGUACAUUUCAAAUGAUGAGUUACCAUAUCAAGGCUUAUAAAAUCACCUCUGUUUUAUUUUGUAAAGAUCAUACUUACAAUUCUUAACCGUAUUCGUUGUAAUAAGUGCCCCUCCCUUUAUAAGCGCUCUCACAUCAUUUCAGUAGGAUUUGAAACUAGAUAACCAGCCUCCCUGUCUUGAACAGGCCCAACCAAUAAAUAGUACUCACACUAUAAAGGAGAGAUAUAUGCCUGGACACCAUAGCUGGACAUCCUAUGAAGGGAAUGAAACCUUUGAUUUCCAAACCUCCAGCCACACUGGAAUGUUUAGAAUGUCCUUCAACAACAGUUUUAGUUUCUCAACCUUUUCUUUCAUAACCCACUUUUCAUUAUCCUAAUAAAGUGCCCUGGGAGCUAAUCACAGCAAAUAUGGUAAAAGAAUCAAUAAACACCUUGAAAGUCCAACUAUCCAUUUCAAAAGAUUGCUCAAUUACAUAUAGUUUCUGUAUUAAAUUUUGAAAAAUUUGAUGAUAAACCUGGAAUAUUAAGAGCAACCCUAAUGCAUUGUUGUUUGGUCAGUUAUAACUAAUGCUGGACCGAAAAUAUGUUUGAGGAAGCUAGCUUUUAGUCUUUUAUAUUUGUCUUCCUUGUAUUUUAAACUUUUAUUUGUAGAUUUUUUGAGCAAGAAAAAAACGUAUUACAAGAUGAAAGAAAUAAAAUAAAACAUAUACUAAAUACUAACAUUCCAAAUUUAGUGAAAGGGUUUAAUCUAACCAGAGAAUAAUAGAUAUUUUUAAUGAAGAUUAUUAAUAUUUCAUGUCAGACAUGUAAAUAUGUUGUCAUAAGUGAUCAAAUCAAUUAUUUUUGUACACAAAAUGUCUGUAUAUUUUGUCCAUGUAAAUAGUUUUAUACUUGUAAAUAUGUACAUUUUAUAAUCAGCUGAUGCAAAUUUUAUACAUCUUAUGAUCAUGUGCCAUUGCAAUACCUGUUGUGUAGUUCUGUGGCUAUCUAACAUUCUCUGGCCUCUCCUCUUACUGAAAAGGCCAAAACAUGUCCUGUAGCUUUCGUUUGUAGUGGAGGAAAGAUAUGAUUGAAUUAUCUCCCCUCAUCUACUCAUUCCUCUCAUAGAGAUUUACUGGAGCUAAACAGAAUACAUUUACAGAUAAUACAAUUACUGUUACACCUGUAAAAUAUAAUAAGGAUGCUUGGUCACUUCAGCAAAGAUAUUUUGUUAUAGUUCAGACUUAGGCUAAUUAUGCCUGUAUUUCCAUACAACCGUGUCUAGAUCUUUCACUAAUUAUGCCUGUAUUUCCAUACAACAGUGUCCAGGUCUUUCACUUAUGUAUUUAUUUUUAAGCAUAAAUAAGAAAAAAAAUGUUCUGUUCCAUACAAAUCACAUGACAUUGCAUUUGUACGUUUUGCAUUAUAAUGAACUUGACCAUUUUUGAAAUAAUUUCUCUUUCCAAAUGUAAAGGAUAUAAUAUUGAACGCAGUUGAAUAAUUAAUAAAUGGUCUCCUUUCAAACAUUUUAUUUUUAAAAACAUUAAAGGUUUUUAAAAAUAAAAUGUUUGAAAAGAGAAAAUUUAAAUUUGGUGAUGAUAUUUUAUUCUACAAAUGACCUGAUUAUCCAUUGUGGGAGACUUGGUGAGUACUGUUUCUGUAUGAUACUGUUGUGGGCCCCUUUAGUCAGUAUGUAGUCCCUCUCUGUAUAAUACCGUUAUGUAAACACCAUUGUAGCGGCUCAUUUCUGUACAUUUUCACUUGAAACCUGUUUAGAAUUCAGACUUCACCAUAUACUGUCAUGUGUAUAUAUUCAUUGUGAAUCGUGAAAAGUGUAUGAAAUAGAAUUGUCAUGAUAAUGGAAGUUCAUAUUUAUAAUUAUCAUGGGAGAAAGAUUACCAUUUAUUCAUUGUAUAAUUAUAGGAAGCACUUAUAUGGAUCUAGAAAAAAUCGUAAGAAAUUUAAAUAUUCAUUGUCUCGUGAGUGCUUGUAACAUUUACGUCAGAGUACAGAAGUUAUAUACGUGUACAAGUACAAAUAUAUGUGGAGAACAGUUACCAGAGUUGUUUCCCCUUGCACUGGAUUAGUCAACAAAAGGCUUGUUGACACUCUGUCAAUCUCUGAAUGUUUAAUAUUUUAAGUAUGAACCAUUGCAUAAGUUAUGCAGUCCUUAGCAACUUCUUUAAAUCGAUUCUAUAAAUUAUGAUUGUUGACAAGUUUUAGCAAAUCAAUUUCAAUAUUCUACUUUUCAUCAGAAGUGAUUCGUUUAUAAAUCUAGUAAGUGCUUUUGUAUAUAUAAAUGUGUGAC